AUAAACAAAAUAACGCCGUUUUCGCCCCGACGCUGCGCUUUAGCGUCCGCGGCUACACGCGCGACCAACAAGUCCUCACGGUGUUUCCCGAUGAAGCGCUGAGGCGACCUAAAUAAACACUUUCCGAAGAAACGACGUGACGAAACAGCGAAAAAACGGAGCCGCCGACGUAAAUAGGAGAAACCCGGACGGCGGCUCGCGCGUCUUUAUGCCGCUGUUUAUUAUAAAACGGCGUCGUUUCUCGGAAACGCGGGCGCGUCUGCAGUUCGGACCGAGCGUCUCGCUGGCGGCGAAGCGCGGUUUCGUUUCGUUUUCGGUUUUACGGGGAGUUAAACGAAAACUGCCGCUCCGCGCCGCGACGUCGUAAUUCGUCCGUGUUGUUUUUGAUUAACCGUGUCAGAGCGAGGCCGCGCUGGUAUCGCGAUACCUCAGAGGUUUUUAGUCGGAUUAUGUUGGUUAGGGUGGGAAUUUCCCACACCCGUGACGUCACAUCGAAACAGUUCCCCGCUUGGAGUUGGUUGUAAUGAUUUGACGCUUAAAUGCGGCGCAGCAGCAAUAUCCGCACUCCACUAGAGACCAUUACCGCUCCGCUAGAGACCAUUACCGCUCCGCUAGAGACCAUUACCGCUCCACUAGAGACCAUUACCGCUCCGCUAGAGACCCGUUCGUUUCUGCGCACGGGCCGGUUUGCUGUCUCUGGCCGUGUCAGCGCGGCUGGGCCGCCGCCGCCGCUCGGCCGUCAGGCGCGUUAAUCUGGCUUUGCUUUCAGAACUGAAGCUCCUGGCUGCGCAGACGAGGCUUGAGCGCUGCGGCUUCUCGCGGUCUAGUUACGGUCAGUGGGUGGCGCUGACAUCAGAACCUCACGUUAUAAAGCAUUAAUGUCCAGAUAGGAAGGUUGAAGAGAAAAACCAGCACAGUAAGAGACGAGCAGCGCUUCCUUUAGCACCACCUCCUUUCUCUGCUGACAGAUGUUGGAUGUGCUGAGACGUUCCACUGCGGUUCUGUAGGGAACUCGGUGCUUGAGGAGCUUUUUUGCAACUUUUAUCAAGUUGUUCUUUCGGUAGGACCUUCAAAGCCGUCAUGCAGAGCACAGCUAACUACCUGUGGCUGAUCUCAGACCUGCUGGGCCAAGGGGCCACGGCCAACGUGUACCGCGGCAGGCAUAAGAAAACAGGUGACCUCUAUGCAGUCAAGGUGUUCAAUAACCUGAGCUUCCUGCGGCCUCUGGACGUGCAAAUGAGAGAGUUUGAGGUGCUGAAGAAGCUCAACCACAAGAACAUUGUCAAACUCUUCGCUGUGGAGGAGGAGUCAAACUCACGCCACAAGGUGCUGGUUAUGGAAUACUGUCCGUAUGGCAGUCUCUACACAGUUCUGGAGGAGCCGUCUAACGCUUACGGACUGCCUGAAGAUGAGUUCCUCAUUGUCCUGCAGGAUGUUGUGGCCGGGAUGAACCACCUGCGGGAGUACGGAAUAGUGCAUAGAGACAUUAAGCCAGGGAACAUCAUGCGAGUGAUAGGUGAAGAUGGAUGCUCGGUCUACAAGCUGACAGAUUUUGGGGCAGCGCGGGAGUUGGAGGAUGAUGAACAGUUUGUGUCGCUAUAUGGGACAGAGGAGUACUUGCACCCAGACAUGUAUGAGCGUGCGGUGUUGAGGAAAGACCACCAGAAAAAGUACGGAGCUACAGUAGACCUCUGGAGCAUUGGCGUCACAUUCUACCAUGCUGCCACUGGCAGUCUGCCCUUCAGACCCUUUGAAGGACCACGCAGGAACAAGGAAGUCAUGUAUAAGAUCAUUACAGAGAAGCCAUCAGGGGCCAUCUCAGGACACCAGAAGUUUGAGAAUGGCAAGAUUGAGUGGUGCACAGAGAUGCCAGUGUCCUGCAGCCUCUCUAGAGGCCUACAGAGUCUGCUAACGCCUGUGCUUGCAAACAUAUUGGAGGCCGACCAGGAGAAAUGCUGGGGCUUCGACCAGUUCUUUGCUGAGACCAGCGACAUUCUGCACCGCACCGUGGUGUAUGUCUUCAGUCUGCAGCAAGCCACGUUACACCAUGUCUACAUCCACACAUACAACACAGCUACACUCUUUCAGGAGUUGCUCUUCAGACGAACCAACAUCUGUCCUCCCAGCCAGGAGCUGCUGUAUGAGGGCAGGCGUCUAAUCUUGGAACCCAACAGGCAGGCACAAUCAUUCCCCCGAACCACCCGGGACAACCCCAUCAUGCUUAUUAGCAGAGAACUCGUCGCCACUGUUGGCCUCAUCUUUGAAGACCCGAGCCCUCCCAAAGUACAGCCGCGCUACGACCUGGACCUGGACGCCAGCUAUGCUAAAACGUUUGCAGGUGAUGUGGGCCACCUGUGGAAAACCUCAGAGUCGUUACUGGUCUAUCAGGAGCUGGUGAGGAAAGGAGUAAGGGGUCUCAUAGAGCUGAUGAAAGAGGACUUCAAUGAGACGGCGCAUAAGAAAGCAGAGGUUUUCCACAUGUGUAACCACUGCAACAAGACGCUGGAGAAGACUGAGAAGUUGUGUGAGGUGUUGCAGGGAAACAACUUAUCAGCAGAAUAUGAUGAAAUGUCAGACUUGCACAAGAAAGUCCUUAGACUGUCUGGGUCUCUGGGUUCCAUGGAUCAGACUAUGCAAGACAUCAAAAGUAAGUUCCUCCCUGGAGGAACACUGACAGAGACCUGGACACAGCAAGUGGGCACACACCCUGAAAACAGACACGUGGAGAAAAUAAAGGUUCUCCUUGAUGCCAUUACAGCCAUUUAUCAGCAGUUCAAGAAAGAUAAAGCUGAAAGACGUCUGCCUUACAAUGAAGAACAAAUCCACAAAUUUGACAAGCAGAAGCUGGUUUAUCAUGCCACCAAAGCACGUGCCCUGUUCACAGAUGAGUGUGCAAUGACGUACCGUCUCUUCAUCUCCAAGAGCGAGGACUGGAUGAGGAAGGUGCAUCAUGUUAGAAAACAGCUGCAGUCACUGUCUGGCCAGUUCGUCAGCAUGGAACAGGAAGUGACUAUGAUCAUUCAGCGUGUGUAUAAGCUUCUGGAACAUCUGCCACAGAAGCUCAUUCCCGUGCCGCCGAGUGGCAUCAAGCCUCAGGCCUACCUCAGCCAGAGCACUCUAGUGGAGAUGACCCUGGGGAUGAAGAAACUGAAAGAGGAGAUGGAGGGGGUUGUCAAAGAGCUGGCAGAGAACAAUCUCUUUCUGGAGAGGUUUGGCACUUUGACAAUAGACAGUGGACUGAGAAAUAUGGACCGAAUCUGAGAGAACUGGACAGCUAUGACAAGCCAACACUCCUUAAGGCCAAGGUUCCUGUCUGGAAGCGAGUUUGCCAAAUAUAUAUUACUGUAUAUAUGCUAUAUAAUGUUAAUGUAAAUACUGAUAUAGACAUAUAGAGUUUGUAUUCCAUCGACUUCACAGUUCUUAAUUAUGUGUAAGUCAUAUAGGAGCUGCCUGCUUUUAAGCCUGAUUUGAUUAUCUUUACUAAUCAUCUACUCAUGCUUCUGGAUCACGCUUCUUUUCUGUUUUAUCUGUUUCCUCUGCAUUUUUGUAAGCAGACAACAUAAGACCUCUAGAGAAUUAAACUCUACUGUAUUCAUCUUUAGUUAUUGCACAUGAUCACCAUUAUAAAACUGCAGACUGGCCGCGGCUUUAUUAACAUGUAUCUCCGUGGAGCUGGCAUUAAAUGAAAUGAGUGUCCCACAUUAUGUGAAGGUUUGAGAUACAGCAGCGAAUCAGGAGCAGAGGCUGCUUAUUAAGCCACAGGUUUUGUUACUAGUUUGACCAUUACACUUGACCAGUACAGCUAUCCAAAGCGAUGUGCAAUGGGAUCGUGUCAUUGUCAGAUUUAGGAUGAAGAUGUGUAGUUUGGUUUUGCCUUUUUUCUACAUGACAUGCACAACAAAGCUAUGGUUUCCUUCUGGACUUAAGAUGCACAUUAAACAGUUAAAUGUG